CGUACAAGGGGAAUCCCCUAAGACAUUUUCGUCUUUCAGACGUUGGGACAGCACUGCACAAUCAAAGUCUAAGCUUUCAAAAGUUAUUUCAACUUCAAUAUUUAUUUGAAGCAAGUGUAUGCAGUCGAAAUUGGUUGUUGUUUGCGGUCUGUACAUUGCGCAGGCUUCUCUUGGAUUCACUUGAGGCUGAACUUGUGUUCAUGGCAAGGAAUUUGUUAAGUACCUUGAAGGUGUGGACUAAAAAGUUGAUGGGUAUGGAAAAUGAAGAGAGAUACACUUUUCCUAAAAGGCUUGAAGAGUUUGGAUACAGAUUCAAUGAAGAUGGUCAGUUGAGGCAUAUCGACACAGAGGAACCAUUUGUAUUCAAGGUAUCAUCCAAUCAUUCAUAUAACCAACUGCGAUAUGAAGCUCUGGGAGAGGUUAUCACAGAUCAUAUCUACAACCUGAUGGAGGAGGAGGAGGGUCUCAACCGGAUCAAUGUCCCUGUUGAUACAUCAACAGAGGAACCACACAGCUUCAUCUUUGUCAGCCAGGAUGCAUUAACCAAAUCCAAACUCCUUGUUCUAAUUCAUGGCUCAGGGGCGGUUCGGGCAGGACAAUGGACACGGAAGUUAAUCAUCAAUAAUAGUAUUGAACAUGGCUCACAGCUACCAUAUAUUCGGCAAGCAAUGGGUGAAGGCUAUGGUGUCAUUGUUCUUAAUCCAAAUCUCAAUACUGUUGGUGAAAGAGAUGAAGAGAUUGAGAUAAAGGACAACAAUUCACCAGAGAGUCAUGGGCACUAUGUGUUUCAGCACUUUGUAAUGAAGGCACAAGCAUCAUGUGUAGCAUUUGUUGCUCACAGCUAUGGAGGAAUUGUCACAAUGGAGCUGAUUAAUGAUUAUCCUGGGUACUUCAAGGAAAAGGUGUUUGCUGUAGCUUUCACAGAUUCUGUUCAUGCUUUUCGUAGAAGAGACAUGCUAAAAGAAACUCGUCUGUAUUUCAAAGAGCGAGGAUGUAACUUUGCUGCCAGCUAUGCACCCAUAAACACUCGACAAAAUGAAGAUAAUGAUGAGUGUCCUGCAGUAUCAGCAGGAACACAUAAACAUGAGUGGACAUCUUACACUAGCUUUGAAAUAUUGUUUGAUUUCCUGGCUGAGAGACUGAAUUUAUUUGUGAAGUCUGAACAUCUGGAAGGAAUUCAAGUGGAGCACACCGUUUUGUACAAACCAGAUGUGAAAGACAAAACACCUAAUGUUGACACAACUCAACAGCCGACACCAUACGCAGACUCAACUGGGCAGUUAGCACAGGAUGCAGACACAACAGAUCAGUCACCACAAGAUGCUGACACAACAGAUCAGUCAACACAGGAUGCUGACUCAACCAAACAGUCAACACAGGAUGCUGACUCAACCAAACACUCAACACAGGAUGCUGACUCAACCAAACAGUCAACACAGGAUGCUGACUCAACCAAACAGUCAACACAGGAUGCUGACUCAACCAAACAGUCAACACAGGAUGCAGACACAACAGAUCAGUCACCACAAGAUGCUGACACAACAGAUCAGUCAACACAGGAUGCUGACUCAACCAAACAGUCAACACAAGAUGCUGACUCAACCAAACAGUCAACACAAGAUGCUGACUCAACCAAACACUCAACACAAGAUGCUGACACAACAGAUCAGUCAACACAGGAUGCUGACUCAACCAAACAGUCAACACAGGAUGCUGACUCAACCAAACACUCAACACAGGAUGCUGACUCAACCAAACAGUCAACACAGGAUGCUGACUCAACCAAACAGUCAACACAGGAUGCUGACUCAACCAAACAUCACCACAGGAUGCUGACUCAACCAAACAGUCACCACAGGAUGCUGCAUCAACCAAACAGUCAACACAGGAUGCUGCAUCAACCAAACAGUCAACACAGGAUGCUGACUCAACCAAACAGUCAACACAGGAUGCUGACUCAACCAAACAGUCAACACAGGAUGCUGACUCAACUAAACAGUCAACACAGGAUGCUGACUCAACCAAACAGUCACCACAGGAUGCUGACUCAACCAAACAGUCAACACAGGAUGCUGCAUCAACCGAACAGUCAACACAAGAUGCUUAAUCAACCGAACUGUUAACACUAUAUGCAGACACCAGACACCAUGGUCAUUACCAGAUGGGGGACCAACAAAAAAACUAAUUUUACCCAUGAAACCUGAUUUAUUUGAUUUCCUAGAAAAUGAAUGUACUCUAAAGUCCAAUACAAAUUUCAGUCUUGUUUAGUGACUGUUUACCAAAUCAUUUUCUAUGUGUUAUGAGAGUACUGUCAUUUACUGUUUUACAACUGAACAGAAUUAGUCUUAAUGGAUAAACAUGGUAAAAUGUAAACUAAAUUAAUUUUAUUUGCUUGGAAUAACAAUUAGCCUUCAAACCCGUCUGAAGCCAAUAUAUACUCACGGAAAAGAAUAAAGGAACACAUGAUUAAUCUCAGCUUAUUUAAUGUACACAUUGUGACACAAAUCUAAAGCAGGAAAUUUUCAAAAGUCAGUAUCUCGUGGGUUCUCAGUAUUUGUGGAUUACUUCAGCAUACCUGUUUGGUUGAUCACAGCUUGAAGAAUAGCUCACCACUCCUCUACCAGAGUGUCAUACAGCUGAUUGAGAUUCUGGCGCUGUACUUAACGGCCUCUCACUCUUCGACCCAAAACAUCCCAGAGGUGUUCAAUUGGGUUAAGGUCUGGAAUUUUCAAUGGCCAGGGCAGAAUCCUCAUGCCAUGGUUCCUCAGACAUUCAACUGAAACUUGAGCUGUGUGAGGCCUGGUGUUAUCCUGCUGAAACUCAAUGUUCUGUCCGACACGUUGUUGGAAUGGCACAACUGUGGGCAACAACACUUCAUCACGGUAAUGCAUGCCCGCGAGUCUUCCUUCUACACGUAAGAGGUCAGUUCUGCCUCAUACAUUAUUCCUCACAACACUAUCACAGAGUCACCCCUAUAACGAUUGUGCUAUUUUACAGUACAUGCAGUGUAACACUCAUUACAUCGUCUCCACACACAUUCGUUCAUCAUUAAAGUCCGAGGUUCACCGCUAAACAUUGUGUACCGCCAAAGUCGCAGCUGACAACCACGAUGUGCUGCAGCCCACGCCAUUUGAAGACGUUUUUGCAGCGCUGUCAUCUUCACAUCAACAACUGGACAAUGUGCUUUGAGACCAGCAGCCUUCAGCUGAUUCCGUACAGUUCAAUUGGAGACUGAUACACCUGUAGCAUUAUGGAAUGUGCUGUUGAUUUUCUAUGAGGAUUGGAAUCUGUCACAUAAAGCAAUCAGCCGAAUUUGACAAUCUUGUCUAUUGGUGGUUUUACACUGGGCCCCACGACCAGGUCCAAUUUUGAUGAUACAGAUUCCACAGCCAAUCAAACCUACAAAUCACACUCUUAGAUUUAUUCAUGGACUGGCUGUUUGACAGAUGGAUUUUCCCCCGUCUGAUCUGGCCUAAUGCUUGCCAUUUUUGGACAGUUGUCAUGUACUGUCUUGGCAUCUUCCACAAUUGUGAUGCAGGACAUAUGUACAUUGGUGGCAUUCAAAGCCUGAUAUACCAAAGGUAGCCAUGAUUUGCAGGUAAAAUUGAGGAUGCAUGUGCUAUAAUUCAAUGUUUGAUGCAUUCGCAAGCAAUAAUUUACAUGUACUGGGCGUCCAAACAUGGCCACAUAUCACAAAGACAAUCUUCCCUUUUAUAUCGUUCCCUUAUUGGUUUCCAUGAGUAUAUAUCUGGACAUAGAUAAUAGUUUGAGACAUUGUUCACACAAUUUUAACUGAUUUCCAAUAGUUUAAACAGUCGGUUUGUGUUUGAUGACUUCAAGCCUUGUGAGAGUGUACAAAUUGGCAUAAUUAAGUUCCAAAGUUGAGGAUGAAAAAAAUUGUCAUCAUGAAAUGAUGAAUACACAAAACAUGUUUGUAAUGGUGCUGUAAUAAGGUGAAGCCUUUGGUUUGGUCCCAUUUUACCUACGUCCCAGUUUGCCUACAGUGAAAGUGAAGGGAAUGUCGGACACCCCUUUUGCAUAAAUGAGUAUGUCCCAAGUGCUGAUACACUACUCUGCUCCAAGUUCUAAUUUUAACUGACUGACAAAGUGACUGUUUGAUCUUGAUUUUACCAUACUUUGAUCAUGAGAGAACAGGCUUCUCCAUAAGUUAAAUAAAUUAGCCAUGGAACCUUA